UCCACUCAGUCAUUGUUUGUUUUAGGCCCUGCGACCUCUCUGCUGUCUUCAGGGUGUGGACUUCCUUUGUAAAAACAUAGCCCAGUUUAUCUCUGCGAAAGGGGGGGGUCACACUUUUCUUAUCUGUAGUUUUUAGAACCACCACGAUCGAUCGAUCGCUGUGCUUGCUCUCUAAAGCCAGCUCUCUGUUUGAGGGACCUGAGCUGUGUGGGGAGUUGGGCAAUGCAAAUUACAGUAAAAGUACAAAGGCCUGGGGGAAUUCAGGGAUUUUGCCAUUGUUCGUCUGCAUCCUGCGAGCCGUGAAGUGAAAUGUUUACCUACUCUUAUUGGCACCACAUUCAGGAUCCCAGCGAUAUUCCAGUAAAAUAAAAGCUUUUUGUUUUCCUUGUUUUGCUUCAGUGUAGCCACACCUCAAGCACAGUCACCUCUAUAUAAGCCAUCAGCUCUCAUGAGCCUCAGAAAGGAGUUUUGUGUUGUGCUGCAUAGAACUGCUAAACUCUAGACUCGGGGAAUGGCAAGAGGAAUUUCUCAGGACGACUGGUGCCAGGCCUUGAGCAGUAUCAUCGAAGAGCUAACGGAGCCGCAGUAUAAGAAGAUGAUGAUGCUGCUCCCUAAAAUACCCCAAAGCAAGAAGAAGAUGGCCAGGGAGGAGAUGCCCGAGGUGAUCGUGUCUCAGUACGGGCUGGAGGAAUCCGUGGUCGCCGUUCAGGAGGCGGUGGGAAAGAUUCCCAGGAACGACCCGCGGAUGAUCGGGCUGCUGCAGCCCUUCACUGCAGCCUUGCACGGAGCGCAGAAACGCCCUCCUGCCGAAAGCCACAGCGCUCUGCCUGAGAAGGUUUCUAAAACGGACGAUUCCAUUGGUUUGCAGAGCUCAAACACUGAGGGAUGCUAUAUAGACAAGGAUGAUGUUUAUGAUAUAGACGGCGCGCGGGAGGCCUUCAUCCUGUGCCAGAAGGAGAACCGCCGGGGGGCGGAAGUAGACCUGGAGCGGACCCGGAAGCUCCUGAGCAAGUAUGGCUUCAAGUGCACGGAGGAGACGGACCUGCUGGGGAAGGUGAACCAAAAAAUGGUCCAGCCUGACUACACGCUGAAGAGCAGCACAGCCAAGGUCACAGUGAAUGUGGAGACCAACUUCACUAAAGCCCUCUUUCUUAGAUAAGCAGGCCUGUGCUGACCCACUCCUGCUGGGAAUGCACAGGCAAGAAUCAGCAGCUCACUGCCACUUAAGUGGUUUAUUUUUAUUAAUACUUUUAUGUAAAGCCACUUUAGAUAAAAAUGAUAAUUAAAAAAAAGCAAUUAUAUCAGCACACCAGCAUAAAUUCUCCAUCUAUUUCAAAGAGCCACAGCAGCUUUCAUGGGCAAGUAGUAAAGUUUAAUGGCUACCCUGAACAGCAGCACCUCCUUCAGUACCAUGUCCCUAUACUGGGCACCAACAUAGCAAAUUCUAGUCUGAAAUCUACUGGUUUACCAAAAUCACUUACAGCAACAGCUUGGUUUUCUCCUUAGAAGUGUCCCACCCCACUAUAGCCUAGCCCUGCUGAGCUCAAGCCAUCCAGUGGGAAGACAGGUCACAGCUGGAAAUAAAAAACCAAAACUGCUGUACAUUUGUACCUUCCUUGAUUACAGUGAAGGUGUUUACAACUUAAUUUGCCAUCUGGAUUGAUAAUCUUAAACCUGGAGCCUGCAACCCACCAGUUUCAUAAACAACACUAAGCAGAUAGUUUCUUCAUCUUCUAGGCUGGCAAAGGAUCCUAGAUCACUUGUUCUUACCUGUAAAAGUUACUUAAUAAACAGUUUAAAUUUGA